CUUCACUUUAUUUUUUCCUAUAAAUUAAAUUAAUUUAUUUUCUAAUUUCAUUUCAGUUUUCUUUCUCUCCCUUCCAAUCAGAGCGAUCGAUCUCAAGAACUAGGGUUUCAUCAUUUGCGUCUAACUGCAAAGGAAAGGGAGAAGAAUUGUUUAUCUAUCUGAUUCAACACCAUGAAGCCGAGAAGAUCGUCGUUGAACCCAUAUGCAGCCCCGUAUGUUCCGUUCACCCAAAGGGAAACAAAUGCUGGAACUUCUGCUGAUGGGACUGUUUGGUUUCAGAGUCCUAAGCAGGCCACACAGGAUCAGCAACUGGGCACGAAAAGCCUCUUGGGGGCCGAAGCUUUACCGGUGAAAAUCCAGCCUGCGUCUAGCUCGUACACUUCAUCUCAGAAUGAGAGAGACUUCACAGAUAACCAGAUUACAGAUAUAGAACUUGAUAUGAAUAUGGAAUUUCUGAGGAUGACAUUCCCCGGUAUAUCUGAUCAGUCCCUUGAAGAUGUCUACAAUGUUAACAAUGGUGAUGUGGAUGCUACCAUUGACAUGCUCAGCCAACUUGAGUUCGAUAAUGUUGAUUCCUCUGGAAUUCUGCCGGAGACGCUGGAUAUUGGUGAUGUAUCAGAUUCUGUAUUCCCAGCUGAUUCUGCUUCAUUAAAACCGGAGGGCCUAGCAGCCAAAGGCAGCACCUCAUCUAGUCACCUGGGAUCAGCUAACAUCUUGUGAAUUGGUUUCCUACUCACAAUUGGUUUGAUUGGAUAUAUUUAGUGUAAAAAUAGGAAAAAUACUUUAGGUGGAGACGCCUAACAUGUUUCCAUUUUUAUGGUUUGUAUAGUUCUCAGAUGCGUCUUUGAUUUGCUCUUCCUUGCUUGUGCUUCAUAUGGUCUGCAAUUUUUUUUUGUUCUGAUGGGUUAUUUGUGCCUCGUGCAACUGUUCAGCUUUCAAUUGUAUGAAUUGGAAGGCCCACAAAAGAAAAAAAAGGAAUGGCAAAAGUGGUAAAAGAAAAACAAUUCUGAAUGAAGGUGAUUUUUGCUUGGAUGGAUAAAUGGCUUGUGCCUGAAAAAUCGUACUUUGGUGGUGCUUUUGCUAUAGAUAUAAUAAAUGCAUUUUUAUUUC